GAGUGGAUAUAAAUCAUUACUUGCUUGUGUGCCAAAUCGUAUCUCUGAUUCUAAGAAUGGGAUCUAUGUACAUAUGCUCGAACCCGGGAAUCCACUAAAAGUCCGUAGGGAAAAGACUCAUCCUUGACAUAUAAUUUUGUUCUUAAAAAUAUUGUUAUAGUAUGUUACCAUUUCUUUUUGGCUAAAGCAGGAAAUGUUAAAGGGACACUAUAGGAAUCCAAACCACUUCAGCUCAUUGAAGUGGUCUGGGUGUAGUGUCCCAGGCCCAUUAACCCUGCAAUUGUAAUAAUUGCAGUUUUUGAUAAACAGCUUUGUUUUCCUAGCACUAUAGUUUCCUUUUAAGUAUUUAAAGUGGUGUAAUGAGUAAGAAUGUUACAUUGCAUUCUGAAGGAUAGUCAAUGGAACCCACAAGAUGUGAGGUUAGUAUGUUUAGUUGUAAAAGCGGGGGAAAAGUUUUUUCUGUGUCUGUAGGACAGCUUAUAAUAAACCCCAUAUUGGGAAAAUCUCUACUUUUACAAUCAACCCCUAAAGAGUAGCAAUUUUUCUUUCAUAUAUAAUAAGUGUCUCUGACAGUCGAAUAAGCAAUGCGUUGCCAGUGACGUUGAAAGCUCAUCUACUCCCUUUGAAAUUGUUCUACAUAGCACACAUUGACAUAGGUGAGCACUUGCAAGAUUAUUUAAAAACAUCCAUGUGAGAUGAAUAAUACAGGUAAUCAGUUGCUACUUAACUCGCUGUUACAAAAAGAAAACCACAGCUUGGAUCCUAACCUAAUUUUGCAUAUAGUUCUUAUGGAUCAAAUGGUCUUCCUACUUUACACAUAUACUGAGAUGCUCAGUUUAUAUUUCUUUUUGGACUUGUGAGAAGGAACUUGUGGGAAGCGGGAUACUUAAAGGGACACUGUAGGCACCCAGUCCACUUCUUUCCAUUACUACUACUUUUUACAUUCUCCACUACUCUUAACCCUGCAAGUGUAAUUAUUGCAUUUUUUUUUUUUUUAUAAACUGAAAUAAUUACCUUGCAGGGUUAUCUCCACCUCUAGUGGCUCUACUAGACAGCCACUAGAGGGCACUUCCAUGUCCAUAGCACAGGAAACCUGUGCUAGAGCGUUGCUGGACGUCCUCACGUUGUGUGAGAACCUCCAGUGUCGCUCAAUUCCCCAUAGGAAAGCUUUUUUUUAAUGCUUUCCUAUGGAGAGCUCUAAUGCAAUGCCGCGCAUGCACAUUAGGUUUCCUCAGAUGGCGGGAUCAGUCUCGCCCACCGGCUGACGUAAUCACUGGGAGGAGCGGCAGCGUUUUCACCCCGUUAGUUACCGGGGGAUGGGUGGUGGGAGGGAGAGGGGACCUCCAGUGCCAGGAAAACGGUUUGUUUUCCUGGCACUGGAGUUUCCCUUUAAUGUCUAUUUAAUGUAAUUCUAUUUAACAUUAAGACAGAAAAUAAAAUGGCUUCUCUAAAUAUGCACAUUUUACUUGUGCUUAUACUGUGCAAGCUUCACAUGUAUGCUGUGUUUAGGAUGGGUUUCCUGUCAAUUGAAGUGGAUUAUAUACUAUAUAUUCCAAUGUUUCAAUAGUGUUGUAACUGUUUUAGAAAUCUGAAUAUCAUUAAUAUGUGAGCUCUGAUGAGAUCAACUUUGUAUCCUGUUGUGUCCAGCAUUUUAACCACGCACUUUUAAUCCAUGAUUGUAGUUUAGACCUUUCUAAAGCAUGUUUGGUAAACUCUGCAAUUUCUAACCAAUUCACUAGGUUCCUGGCACUGCAGAAAAUGCACGUUCAUGUGUCCGAGCAUAUUUCUCUGAUCUCCACGAAACUCUUUGCCGUCAAGAGGAAAUGGCUCUUAGCGUGGUUGAUGCUCAUGUACGUGAGCAACUAAUCUGGCUGCGGCAACAGCAAGAAAACAUGACCAUUCUCCUAUCAGAAGUGUCCACCGCCUGCCUUCAUUGUGAGAAGGCUUUGCAGCAGGUAUGAAGUACCAGUUUUGACUCCACCUCCAAAUACAUUAAUAGCCACAUUUUAUUGGAGUUUAGUAUACAACUCUUAUUAAUUUAACAUAUUGCACAAAUGCCAAAAUCACUGUAGGCCGGUGGUUAAAUAUAGCCCUUGUCUAUAAUGAACAAACAUAUGUAGAUCUAAUUGCUAAUGAUAUUUGUAUUUUAUUUUUUACUAUAAAAACAUUAUGGAAAUACUGUCCUGUAUUUGGAUGUCAUGCAUUCUUGACAAUUCUUCCAUGGAAAGUUAUGUGAGGCAAGUUUGAUCUGAGCGAUAUUAGCCAGUUCCUCAUUUAAGUGAAAUCAGAGAAGGCUAGUGAGAUCACUGUGAAAAUAUAAAAGAAUAUCAAAGUGUUUUCAUUUUAUUGUCUUUAACAAUAAAUGCAAUUUAAUGUAUUAUUUAUUUUUCAUUCUAAAAUGGGUAGUAAAUCAGCUUUUUUUUUUUUUUAAUGUAUUUUUUUGGUUUUGCCCCUUUAAUUCACCUCUAAGUUAUAGAAGUCUGUUUCUUCUGAGUAUGGUAACUUGAUAAAUAGAAAAGUGGACUUUUUCCCCUUUGGAGUAUUAAAAAUGUAUUGACUCAAUGCCAGUUACUUCUGUCUUCUUACAAAGGAUGACUGUAGAGUGGUACUAGCCAAGCAGGAGAUCACAAGGCUUCUUGAGACACUACAGAAACAGCAGCAACAAUUUACUGAACUGGCAGAUCACAUACAGCUAGAUGCCAGUAUUCCUGUCACAUUCACAAAGGUAAUAUGAUACCACCUUGUGCCAGUUUAGUAACAUGGAGCAUUAUUAUGAAUUGUCUACUCCUCACCACCUACGUUAAAUUAUACUUUUGAAGUGGUUUAACCAUUCUUUUCAAAAGUAGAGUGAUGCUUGUGAUGGAUGUAUAAAAAAAAAAAGCAAGAUUUUUGUUUUCAUGCAAAACAUUUAGUAAAUGACCUCUUAUGAAGCUAGCUCCUAACACUCUUCCUUCUGCUUACUCUUUUCUAUCCCGACUAACCUCUUCAGUCUGCUCCUGUCCACCUUUGCUACCUUCAACUCCUACUGCAUCAAAACAUGUACUUCGUUUCUCAAAGUUUUGCUUUAAACAUUCUUCCCUGCCCAGGUUAUUUUCCAUCUUUUCACCUCUAAGUAUUUAUUCUUACACCUGUGCCUGACUAUGAUCAAUUCACCACUUAUUCUACCUUACCUCUCGUCCCUUUCUAACUUGUAAUUUCCCUUGGAUUACUGUCUUAAAGGAACACUAUAGUCACCAGAACAACUACCGCUUAUUGCUCCUCCCCAGCCUUCCUCCUUGGCUGAGAUCAUCAGAAUUGACAAUUUCAGCCGAUUCAAUUUUGUUUAUGGGAAAGCAUUGUGAUUGUCUGACAUCAUCAGAAGUGAUAUCAGCCUAAGAAGCAGAUCAAGGGGGUGCAGCAGGACUAGAUCGUGUUUUUUAACACUAUAGGAUCAGGAAUACAUUUUUUGUUUUUUGUUUUCUGACCCUAUAGUGUUCCUUUAACCCUUUUUUUUUAAAAGCAUUAUCAUCCAUCCAUCCCAAAAAAAAAAAAAUCGUUUAUUCUGUCCAUCCAUCUAAUUUCUAACUUCACUCAAGGUUUCCUCUUGUCCUAGAAAUACAUUUUGAAAACGAUUUUGUUUUACAUUGAAUGUAAAAUGUGCCUGUCAUUUAGGAUAACAGAGUACACAUUGGUCCAAAAAUGGAAAUUCGAGUUGUGACACUGGGACUCGAUGGUGCUGGAAAAACAACAAUUCUGUUUAAGUUAAAACAAGAUGAGUUCAUGCAGCCAAUCCCGACAAUUGGUGAGUAGCUACUGUUUUGUGAGGGAGACGACCAAUUGGAUGCGAUGAGGGUAUUUGUGUCUAAAAGCUGGGUUUGGGGGUUUCAAUACAUAGUUGAAAACACCAUAGUUACUUUAGAACUGGAUUCUGUUGGCAGAUAAAUGUUUAAGUUAAUUUAAUGGAAAAGUUGCUAUUGAAGUCUAUGGAAAAAUUGCUACUGAUUUAACAGAUAAGUCUGUGAUUAUCAGAUCUAACCAUUAAUCUGAUAGCAAUAUAAUAACCCUCAUUGUGCCCAAAUUUCUAAAGAGAUAAUUGACACCACAUGUGUUUACAUAUUUAAUGCUUAGACCUUUUUGUUGUUGUUGUGUAUAUUCAGACAGACCUAAAGGUUUCAGGGAUCACAUAUUUUAUACAUCUAUUAUUCAACCAGUUUUCAUAAUCUUUCCAGUAAAUAACAUCACAUAACUACAGUUUGUACUGGUUUGUGGGAUAAAUAAACUCAAUUUGUCUGCUCACAAAAACAUAGUGGAUUGAAAACUGAUUUUCUACAUUGGGACUUGCGUCUUGGGAUUUGAAUUUUUUGGGGAUUUAAGAAGUACAGCAGUGGCUACGGCUUUUGGUGGAUGAAGCACCGGGAGCUGAAGAAAGAAAAUGGCAGCAUUUGCGAAGAUGGCAUCAGGUAAGUAUCUCACCGUAGCUUCACCAGGUCACUGCACCCUAAGUUAUGAUGUCACUAUUAUGGGUCUUUGCAAAUAGGCAAAAACUCCAGACAGUGACUGAGCCGGUAAAUUUUACAAGUGUCUUUCAUUUGACUAAAAUUCAACAAUUUCUAAAUAAUCUGCCACAUGUAGUCUGUGAAUAUUUAAACAUGGCGUACAAAUUAAAUAGAUUGCAAUAAACUUGCUUUAAUUAUUUGCAGGCUUUAAUGUCGAAACUGUGGAAUACAAAAAUUUAAAGUUUACAAUUUGGGAUGUUGGAGGGAAACACAAGCUGCGACCUCUCUGGAAACAUUAUUACCUUAACACACAAGGUGAGUGUGACUCUUUAUUAAAAAAUUUUUGUGUGUGAAUAAAUAUAUAUCAAAAGAAAAAGGAAUAGGCGCUCACUAAAGUAUAAUACAGGGUACAGCUGGGCUGCAGUAACUAGUACAAGGAUUCCCAAACCUUGUGGAUAAUAGAAUAUAGAAAAAAAGAGAGAGAAACCGCGCCCAAGUGUUAUGUCUUUAGAUGAGGAUUGUUCUGUCCAUGCGCUGAAACAGCUGAGCUCUGAGAUGGCUCAAUUAAAUGUGAGUGUAAUCACAUAAGAUCACACAUCACGCACUUACUGUAUAUACUGUAUUGCACCAUUAUUGUUUCUUCUGUUUUAUUUGAGGUCUAAUGCGUAUAUAACCCUAAGAGACCUGUGUACGUAUCAAGUUUUGUACAUAACCCUUGGGCGUGGUUUCUUUCUCUUUUUUUUUUUUUUCUAUAAAAUGUAUACGAAACCUGUCGCUGAGAGUGAAAAUCUGUCUUUGUUUUGUUUUACUUCUCCUCUUUGCUUACUUUGCUUUGCUUUCUUCCUUCACCAUGUGGAACAGGGAAAAGUGUGGGGUUUGCUUUCCCUGCUGCACAUGUCUCCCAGCUCCCACACAUGUGCUCUGUAUUGCAUCACUUGUAAAGAACCAGAAAACAGGAGCAGGAAAUCGGUUGUGUGCGGUGGGGACAGUAAAUGCCACUAUACACUUGCAAACAGGAUAGCCUGUACCACUAGCCAAUCACAGAGUGCGCUAGGUAAGGUGUGUAUAUAUCAUGCAACAUAACCAUACUCACACCUUCUAACACUUGGUGCUUUCCAGCUGUGGUGUUUGUAAUAGACAGCAGCCAUCGAGACAGAGUCACCGAAGCUCACAGUGAACUUGCAAAGCUGCUUACCGAGAAAGAGCUGCGGGAUGCACUGCUUUUAAUAUUUGCUAACAAACAGGUAUGUAGUACACCUAUUAAAAACACGUUCAGAGUUGAGGGUAAUUAGACUGAGCUAACCAUUCAGAUUCUUCAAAUUGUAAAUGAUCAGUUGUAUUAUUUGAUUAAACUGUACAAAUGUAUCAAUCAUCAAAGGUAUUCCAAGAAAAUUGCAAGCAAUUUGUGCAGCGUGCACCUAGGAAAGUAUUAUAUUUGCAGAAUGUUUUUUGUGGUUUUUUUUUUUUUUUUUUGGUACAACUAUUUUCUAGAGAUAGACAAUGACAUGAACAGUUGUAUUUCUAACAUCCUGAUGAAUGUCUUUUUAAUUUUAUUAACACAGAAGGUAUAUUGUCAGUGAAUUAAUGUUAAUUACCUUGUUUUCCAGGAUGUUGCUGGUGCCCUUACUGUGGAAGAAAUGACAGAACUACUGAGCCUUCACAAACUGUGCUGUGGUCGGAGCUGGUAUAUACAGGGCUGUGAUGCCAGGAGUGGCAUGGGCUUAUAUGAUGGUCUGGACUGGCUCUCUAGACAGCUAGUGGCCGCCGGAGUCUUGGAUGUAGCAUAAUCAGACAGCAUGCAGAACGUCAUUUGGUGAAUUUGUAUGUGUAGCUGUUACAUGCUUCUUAAAGAAUGUUGGAUUGUUGCACUGUAGUCUUAAUGAAGCCUACCUACAGCAGGAACAGCCUUUUCUUUAACAUCAGUUGUGUAGUUACAGCACCAGUUUGCUGCUGUUCGUUAGCAGUAUUGUAGUAUUUGAAUCAAGAUUGCAAAAAAAAAAAACACUUAGAGGAUUAUUCACUGAACUGGAAAUUGUGGAGGAUUGAUGAACGAUUUGCACAUUUCUGGCCAAAAUCCUUUUCUUAAGACUUUUCCAAUUCAGCUAUUUUGGCCUCCAAAAUAUGCUCUUCUUUUGUUAAUUCUCAAUAAUUUACAGUUUAGUAAAUAACAAAAUUUGGGGUUUAUUCAAUAAACUGCGUUUUGCACAGCCAUUUUGCACAAUAUAGCCCAAACUAGGCAAGGCUACCUGUAUCUUCCUUGACUAUUUUGGUAUAAAUUGUAAAAAUAAAAUUAGAUAAUAUCAACUCGUAAGUUAUUGAAUAAAUCCCUCUGGCUAGGUACUAAGUACUUGAUCAUACUUAACAUAUAACAGUCUUUUGUUUACACUACAGUCACAGUAUUCAUUUCAUUUAGUCAUGUUUGUCGCAAAUCUAAUUCUAAUUCAACGUCCGUCUUAAUCAUGAGACAUCAUGUUUCAAAUACACACAACGUUCUUCAUUAAACUGAAUUUUUAGGAAUUCUAAGGGAUUUAGAUUUUUUUGGUCAUUUUAGCUAAAUUGGAAAAAAUUCUCAAAGUCAGCUGUGUUUCCUGUUUAGCUAUUUUGGCAUAACAUUUUAAAUUCUCUUUGAGUUUCUCUGCACUGAUUUUUUUCUGGGCAGUCAAAUGGAUUAAUCAACCAACCUUCAAACUCAAAAUAAGUUGCUUGUGGUGCAUAUUGUACAAAUCUGUUUGAUUCCUAAAGUGCCACCUUUUCCCUGGCAAGUGUUUGGCGGUUAUUUAAUGCUAAAAUAUAUGGUAUUUUAAUUGGUAAAAUAUGGUGGUAGAGAAUGGCUGCUGUGAUCUAGAGUCAGCCCAUAGCAGGAGAUAUGCCCAAGGCUAAGGUCAGGGCUACCUAGUGAUCUACAGAGCAAGUGCUCCGCUCAUGCAAUAAAACAAAUAUACAAUUUAUUUAUUUUCCAAUAUAUCAUAGAAGAUACUUUAAAUAAGAUGCAUCUGUAAUAUCUCCGUUCAAUGCACCCCUUAGUGAAUAAACCCCUGCAGAAAUCCACUCACUUAAACCAGAGCCACCAAGUCUGGCUCUGGGUUUAGAGAUGUAGGGGGAAAGGAGUAGCCCCCACUGGAAUACAUUUCUGGUAAAUGAGUUCAAAAAGAAAAAGUGACCAAGAAUGUGCAGAAUGGUAUAACAACGUGGCUACUUCCAACUACAUCUGACUCAAUCUCUACUGUAUUUAUAUCUCCUUUUACAAGUCUAAUUAGUUCUCUUAACUUGUUUGGCACCUCCCAUAGUCAUAGAACUUAUUUAAAGGGAAACUAUAGUGCCUGUAAAACAAAGUUGUUUUUCUGGCCCUAUAGUGCCCCCUCUAUUAAAAACCCCUUCUGUUACUUACCUGAGUCCAGCGCCAAUGUCCCUUGACGCUGGUUCAGGCUCCUCCUCCAUUCCUCACUCAGCAAAAGUCAUGCACAGCCUGAAUGUCACCUAAUGACAUGGAAGUCCCUCUAGUGGCUGUCUGGUAGACAUUCACUAGAGGUGUAGUAAACCCUCAAAGGUAAUUAUUGCAGUUUAUUAAAAACUGCAAUAAUUAGCUUUAAAGGGUUGUCACCUGGGACACUGCACCCAGACCACGUCAAUGAGUUAAAGUGGUCUUGGUGCCUAUAGUGUGCAUCUAACUAAAUUUUAUACAAUAGUUUUUUAGCCAAAUGUAGCACAACCUCACACUUGGCUGUAACAUUUCAAUCAAAUGUAACCAUGGACAAAUGUAACAGUAGAGGCUACACCCUUUCCUUCUACACCUAUAUACCCAGACACGGAAGUGGCGACUCUGGUCAAUAGGAGUGGAUUUCUGCUCUUAGUUUUUCUUAAUUUAUUUCAUAUUACAUACUCCUCUUAAAGGAAGUUAGGGAGAAUAAGUAUGUUUGUUUAUUUUAUAGCACAAGUGCUGCACUUUUCGUGAAUAUGUGAAAUAAUUUGCACAAAUUGUGUGGAGUGCAUGCAGGUGAUUGGGGAGGGGCAAUCGGACCACAUUUUAUUUGUAGUUAGGAGCCUUGAUUACUUUUUUUUUUUUGUAAGAAACACAUGUUGUCUGUCCUUCCACUAGAUCAAUGAUCAAUUUAUGUCACAGCAGUUGUUAUGGAAUACGUAUCUCAUGAAAUUUAAUCGUAAGUGUGGCUGGCUUACCUUCAUAGGAAACGUAUUUUGCAACAGCUGUAGGCCAAAGGUUAGCAACACCGCAUUAGGCUGUUGCAUGUGAAUUCUGGUUGAAUGACCAGUCUGCUCUAAUAGGUUUCCUUUGUUUGUGUUCAGAUAAUACACUGCACUGUUGUUGUUGUAGUCAAGCCACAUUUGUGAAUACUUUAUAAAGAUCACCGUAACAGGGAAGUGAAUAGCUGACAGACAGGUAUAGUACAGAGAUGCAAAGCGCCCACACUGCAAGCUUAGCAUGGGGAUGAUGUAAUAUCCUGACUUGUAUUUGGGUAGUGUAGAGCAAACUCUUUGUUAAACGUUUUUAAAUGUUUUCACUUCCAAAGUUCAAAAAUCAAUAAGCUUUGCUGAAACUAACAUAGUGAAAUAAUUAUUACUACUGGCAUUUAUAUGUGUACAUAGUAGCAAACAUUAAAUGUCAGAAUGGGAUUUUGGAAGUUCUAACCAGGAAAGUUAGCUGUAGAAGAAUUCCCUAUAAUAAAGUCCUCUUGGCAAAACAUAAACCAAGAAAUAGUGGAAUACAGUAGCUCAGUAGUUUAACGCACAAGCAAUAAACUUAACAAUAAUAAACAUUACAAAUGAGUUUGACCAUUGCCAACACUAGCAUACAAAUUUUUUUUAUAUAAUGCUAACUACCCAGCUCUCCCUUUAGCUAGGCUGAAAAGGAGUCCCUAAACCCAUCCAAUUUUAUGUGUUACAAGCCAGGGGUCACUUAGAAAGUAACAGAACAGGCGUGAAUAAUUUAGUUGGUGAUAAUUGACAGUACUUGAAAGCUAUCUGCCAUUAAGGUGUCAAUAUGCAUGGCAGAUUUUUUUGUUUAUCUGCAUAUAUAGCUGGGGGAGUAUAUAAAUAAACUGUCUAUGGUACAGCUAUGGGGUUUUGAGAAUGGGGAUAUAUUACUUUUGUAACAUGGUUUCAGCCUUAGAAGUCGGUAAGUUUUUACAAAUGACAGUUCCACUUUUUUUUUUUUUUUCUCGAACACGUCCAGCUGGCAGAUUUCUCUCUCCGUCCUGCGUAAAUGAAAACACUAAAAUUAGGGGAAGAGAAGUUAUUUUAAAUUCUUGAGACCUGUUAAUUUGUAUUUAUUUUCUAUGAGAAUGGGGUUUCUGAUGAAGCCUUAAUCAAGCACUUCACUACUGAUUCAGUUUGGGUUUGAGUGCUCUUGCCUUACUAUGGUCGCAUGAACUGUGAAGCUAUUCUAGCUUGGUACUGUACGGUGUGACUAUAUACAGUUCUUUGUUUUCAAUCAGGUGGGACAAAUUCUCCUUAUGUUGCUGUUCUACAACUGCUAUGAUUAUUGCCUACAGUCUGGACUAGCAUUCAUGUAGUACAACAACAGGUAGCAUGACCUACCCACACCUGGUUUAAACACAUAACUGUGAGGUCUUUUAACUUUUUUUUUCUUCUUCAAAAUAUAAGAGAAAAUAGAAAAAAAAAUUAAAACACUAGGUAAUUAUUUAACCAUUUCCUGCUUCCCAUUGCAAACUAAAAAUAAACUUCUUGUCUAUAUGCUGUGGUGAUCUUUGUGUACCUGACUCAUGACAAAGUGAAAACCUGUGAAUUCACAAUCUCAGAAAUUAUUUCCUAAAUAAUGAGUUUGUUUCAUAUGGUCAAAUAUACAUCAGGCUAACUCAAUUGUCCUUAGUGAUGGUAAUAAAGCCUUCAGUGAUGUCUGUCCAAAAGAGGAAUAUUCCAGCACUGCAUGCAGAAAGGUUCUCCUGUUACCCCUGUCACUCAAUACUCCGCAUGGAAAUAUUAUUUGAAGCGGUUAUGGUGCCAGCAUUCUUCUGGUGUUUUCUCACAGAUGCUUAAUAAAUUGCUCCCUAAUUUUGCAUCCUUAUGGAGGAUUAACACACAUCCCAUAUCAGGGUACCAAAUUGGGGACAUAUUUAUUUCUAAACCACUGCAGUAUUGCUGCAUUCCAUUUGUGUGAAUGUAAAUUACAAUACUAAAAUAAGGAACAAAUUAAAAACUAAUCGGGGCAUAAGACUUGGAUGAAAUUAAAUGUAACUUUUCG